ACUAGGUUUCCUACACAAUUACCAAGUGUGGAAAUGGAGGCAAGCUGGAGUACGUUUCUCUUCCAACAGGCCAAUGAAGCCCUCCACCACCAGCACCAGGUGGCCCAAAACAGCCUGCUGCCCCUUCUUAACGCAGGAACUGAACCGAUCGACCAAAAGCCCGUGCUGCCCAUCCAAAUCGACCACAAGAACCCUUCCAUUGCUCUGGAUCUCCUUAAAGACAAUGUGACCAGUGGAGGAGGUGGACGGCCACCAGUGCCCGUGAUAAAAAAGGAGCAUAAAGGCAAAACGCCAUUCGUUUGUGGCUACUGCAACAAAGCCUUCCGCGACAGCUACCACCUGCGACGCCACGAGUCAAGCCACACGGGUAUCAAAAUGGUGUCGAGGCCAAAGAAGGUUGCCCAGACGGCCCCCCCGACCAUGGUGCCGAUGAUCUCCACGAUGCAUCGAGAGAACAACGGAAAUGUUUCCUACAUCUCCACGGCAGCAGGCAUCCUCUCCACGGCGACCACUUCCGUCUCGUCCGGCGCGAGCAUCAUGACUUCGGCGAUGGGCAACAUGUCGCACCACCAGCAGACUGUCCCCAAGAAACCUGCCAAACCUGUCAAGAAAAACCAUGGGUGCGAGCUGUGCGGCAAGGCCUUCCGUGACGUUUAUCAUCUGAAUCGCCACAAGCUCUCCCAUUCGGACGAAAAGCCCUUCGAGUGCCCCAUUUGCCACCAACGGUUUAAAAGGAAGGACCGAAUGACCUACCAUGUUCGGUCUCAUGAUGGAGGAGUCCAUAAGCCCUAUGUGUGCUCCGUCUGUGGGAAAGGUUUUUCCAGGCCUGACCACUUGAGUUGCCACGUGAAGCAUGUUCAUUCUUCCGAACGGCCGUUUAAAUGUCAAGUGACGGCGUGUACCUCUGCGUUUGCCACCAAAGACCGACUGCGUUCUCACAUGAUCAGACACGAGGGAAAGGUGACCUGCAGCAUCUGUGGGAAGAUGCUGAGUGCGGCUUACAUCACCAGCCACCUGAAGACUCACGGGCAAACAAACUUCAACUCCUGUAACAAAGACCAGGUCUGCAACUCUGUCUCAGCUACACCAGUGACUGUUUCGGCUCCCAUCACCACGGCGAUGAACCGGGGCAACUCCAACAAUAACAACAACGCCGUCACCAUAGCGGCGCAAAUGAACAUUAGUACCAACACGGUCAACAUCACGUCGCCGGUCAGCCUUCAGCACCCGCUCACCAUCACCGGGCCCGUCAACAUCGCGUCUGUCAACAUCCCUGCCAGCGCGUCCAUGAAUAUUGCUCACCCGGUCGCAAUAACCACCCCCAUGCCAAUGAAUAUCGCCGGCCCACUUAACAUUGCCAUGCGGCCAGUGGAUAGCAUGCCUUUCUUGUCCCAAGUCUUACCGUCUUCCCCACCCUGGUAAAGAUAAAACAAAAAACAACUCAAAAGGAGAAGGAGCAUUGAACUGGCCAGGAAGAAAGGGAAAAAAUAAAAUGAGACUCAUCUCACAAUUUGCCCCUCAGGGCCAGCUCCCCGACCCCCUGUCUUUUUUUUUGGGGGGGUUGUUUUUUGAGAAACCCUCAUACUUUCAUUCCUCACACCUCCAAGUGGGUGUGCUGUAUUUACGAGCUGCGCAGCCAGGGGGCGCUCGCGAAUUCUUAGCUGCAUCCCAGUUCAUGUUAACAUGACUUACAGGAGAUGCACAACACUUGACGAGAAACCAAGUAGGACCGUCCUUGAAAUAAGGACACGUUUAGGAAUUAGCUUAGUCUGUUAGAGUGACGAAACUGAUCUGUAAUAACUGAAGUGAGAUGAUUCCUCAUACAUCAUGAUGGACUGUCAUGGAAGAAGAAACUGUUUUUUUGUUGUCGUUUUCUUUUCUUUUCUUUUUUACCAUAGGAGAAGCGAGAUGGACUGACUUCUCUUCCACAGCCUCUGGCUGUUGCUUUAUACGUUAACUAUAGCCUGGUAAUCCAUAUUUAAUGUAGGAGAAAAAAAGCAUAGUAAAAAGGGACAGCAGCUUCCAUGUGCAAGGAAGGAUAUUUUUUUCACCUUACUACAGCUUUUCCAUUUUGUUUUCAGAUAGUAGUUACUACACUCUUAAGGUACAGCUAACUUGUAAAUUCAACAUAGUUCUGCAUUUUGAGUUUUUACCCGUCUUUUCAAGGAGAUCUCUCCAAAAGUGUCCGCUUGAUGAUGAAAUGUUUGUAUUUUUAUAUUUGUAUGGACUUAUGAAGACUUGUGUUUAUGUUCUAUGGUCUGUUUUAACCUCCCCACCCCGUCCCCGCCUCAAUGUAGUUAGAGUCGAUUGAGCCUUGCACUGAACGUACGUCCGCCACACUUAAAAAGCAGCAGUAUUAGUAUUAAAGGUCAAGCUGACAUGCCAGUCGACGCCUGUGGCUUCAUCGUGACUAAACUGGAAAAGCACAGGUGUAUCUUGAAGCUUUUCAGGCUAUUUUUGUUACAAAAAGUCUGAAGUGAUGUCUGACUCCUCUACAAACCUUGUUUUUCCACCCACCGUUAACUCCUACUGCCCCCAAAAGACUCACUCAGGAAACACGCACCUUUGAAAGAAUAUGUAUGCACAUAUUCAUUCUGGCUUGUCCGUGUUUUUUGUUUUGUUAGGUUUUUUUUUUUUUUUU